AUGGCGGCGCCUUUUAUUGUUCAGUGGCUGGAGUUGCAGGAAGAGCGGCAGUUUCGUGAGCAUCGCGAUGCGUUCCAGAUGCUCGAGGAAAUGUUCCGGUCUCGGUAUCGACUAAGUAAGGACUUGGCACGGUGGUUGUGCGAAGAGCUUCGUCCGGUGCUUGUGCGGGAGCGAGUGAACACUCGCACAGCGUUGACUGUAGAAGUUCAAGUUCUGUGCACGCUUCGCUUCCUUGCCACAGGCGGGUUUGAAGGUGCGAUUGCCAGUGACGAGGACUUGACUACAAGUCAACCUAGUGUUAGCCGUUCGGUUCACGCAGUCAUCGAGGCUAUCGUGGAUUGCAUCGGCGACGCAUGGAUCUCGUUUCCAGACGACACAGCGGUAUUGAGUUCUGCAUCCGAAGGGUUCGUGCGCAGAGACUGCAGGUUCCAGGUUUGCAUCGGGGCUGUGGACGGCACAUUUGUGUGCAUUCGCGCACCAUCGGAGAGGGACGAUGCCAACAAGGCGGCUUACAUAUGCCGGAAAGGCUAUUACGCCUUGAACGUCAUGGUGCCGCCAACUUGUUACGCGCUCAGCACUACCGCGCCCCGCUACUUCUGCAACCACUGUCAAAACUUUGCCUCGAAAGGAUCUGUGCACGACUCUUUUGUGCGGAAAGCAUCAAGCCUCUACGCAGAGUGCCGAUCUGGGAGCCUGCUUCAUGGUGGUGAAUACCUGCUUGGUGACAGUGCUUAUCCGCUCAAGCCAUGGCUUGUCACACCUGUUCCUAGGAACCACAUUUCUGGUAGCCCUGCAGCCAUGUUUAACGCUGCCCACUCAUCACCGCGUUCACUUGUGGAACGCUGUAUUGGGGUCCUCAAGAUGCGCUUCAGGUGUCUGCAACGGCACCGGCCGCUCUACAAUGGGCCAGUGUUUACGUCAAAAUCAUUGCAGCCUGAGCAGUGCUGCACAACUUGUGCGUGCGCGCUGAGCUUCCAGAGCCAGAUUGCACCUCUGGGAUCGACGACUUUGACGGAGACGUGA